AUGUACCGAUCCAGCCCUGUGACAGCCUUCACGGCUGCAGUCCUCGCCAACAACAUGACGCUGACGAGGUCUGAGGGCGCUGCAGGCGAUAGGCUGCGGAUGACGCCGGAUACUCCGCGAUGGUCUUCCUCGGCCCGUUGGUCGGCUCCGAUGCUGGUCCGUGGCUUUGAGACCUCGCUCACCUUUGAGAUGUCCAACGUGGCUGCUGGCGGCGGGCGCGACGGCCUCGCCCUCGUCAUUCUCAACUCGCCACAGACAACAGGUACCUACGGCGGCGGCAUUGGAUACGGCGACCUGGAUCCGACCGGCCUUGGCGGCCUGCCCAACUCGUUUGCCAUCGAGAUGGACACGUUCUCGAACCCGGAGCUCGGCGAUCCGUCGUCGGACCACAUCUCGGUCCACUCGGCCGGUACUGCGCCCAACUCGGCCGACGAGGCUUCGUCCGCCCGCCUUUGCCCAAUCAUCACCGGCAUAGUUCCCAUGGCCAACCCCAGCCCAUCCCCGUACACAGUCACCGUCCGCUACGAGCCGCCGUACGGCUGGGACGCCUCGCCAGACGCCACAGCUACCCUCACCGUCUGGGCCGAAGGCAUUCAGCCCCCUGUCGGCAUCUGCCACCUCCCGCGCAACCACACACUCAACGAGCUGCUCGAUCUGGGCGCCGGUGGCACGGCGUCGCUCAUGAUCACCGGCGCCACAGACGACACUGCCGACGUCCAGGACGUCCUCGCCUGGUCGUAUGCCUUUCUCGGCGCAGCCAAUGCCAACACCUCGCGUGCUUCAGGCACCGGCCUCGCCGGCGGCUCUGUCGGCGCCAACCUGCCGGUCGCUGUCCAGCUCCAUGAUCAGUACGGGUAUCCGUACCAUCGCGACGCUGCCGCCCUCGAGUGCCAGCUCACGCUUCUCGAGCUCGGCGUCUCGUUUCCGUGCACGCCUGGCGCCGACGGCAGCUACUCUGGCAGCUACAGCGCCACCGUUGCUGGAAGCCACAACCUUGACGUGACUCUGGACGGCGUGGCUGUAGUCGGCGCGCCGUUUGCGGUUCAACUCGCUCCGGGUGCGGUUGACGCCACCGCCUCGACUGUCGCUGAUGUCGCCGCCACCGUUACUGCCGGCGACGCCUCCUCGUUUUCGGUCACCAUCCACGACCAGUACGGCAACGUGGUCGACUCGGACUCGGUUGUCAUCACUGCCCACAUUCUGCCUGUACAGGAUCCGACCCCGUCGUUUACCUUUAUCUACACCGGUGACGGCGUCUACACAUGUACCAUGAUCCUGCGGGUGACCGGAUCGUCAACGCUCUCGCUCUCCAUCGGCGGGGUCGGCGUUCAAGGUGGAGCAGUCUUUGAUGUCGCUGUCACGCCGGGGCCUGUCGAUCCAGCGAGGACAAAGUUCGCCGGAGCGGCCCAGUUUAACGCUGUCGCCGGCGUUGCAUCUGCCUUUUCACUCCAGCUCUACGACGCGUUUGGCAACACGGUGGCGGCCUCGGGCACGACCACCCCCGUUACCGCCUCGUUCACCGCCGGCCCAGCCCCGGUAACUGCUGCAGUCUCGCCCGCAGUCAAGGGCAAUGUCACGGUCUCGUACACCGCCACCAUCACCGGUACGUACGCGCUCGACGUGACUGUCGGCGACGGUACCGACGCCGCCUCGUUCCCUUCGUCGGUCCUUGUCGUCACUGACAACGUGCCCGAUCCGUCCAAGUGUGUCGCUGCCGGUGCCGGCAUCAACGCUGCCCAUGUUGCCGGCGCUCACGCCGUGUUUACGGUCACACCGCGGGAUGCGUAUGGUAACCUGGUGUCGCAGGCGAAGACGGCGCUCGCAGUCACUAUUAGCUCUGGUGGCGGAGGGGCCACCGUCGAUGCCUCCUCCACCUACAACUCGCAGACCGGAAGCUUUGACGUCGCGUACGACGCGACGGUCGCCGGCGACUACACCAUCGCCGUCACGGUCAACUCUGCCCCGAUUCUUCACUCGCCGUUUGACAUGACAGUCGUACCGGCCCGCGCGGACCCGACCGCCUCGCACGUCCGAGCAACGUCAUCGUCGGCUCUCUCGUCGACCGUGACCGGCCGGACCGAGUCGUUCCUCGUCCUUGUCGAGGACGCGUUUGGGAACGUGCUCGCCUCGCUCGGCAACAACUCGAUUGCGGCGCACAUCACCGGCCCGCGGUCGUACGCCGUCAGCUGCGCCGAGGUCCACGACCCGAGCAUCGGCGCCGCCGUCUCUUGCUCGUACUCGAUUGACAAGACCGGAACAUACGAGCUGUGGAUCAUGGUCGACAACGAGCCGGCGCUCGGCUCGCCCUUCCGUAUCUCAGUCUCGUGGGCGCACACCCUCGAGCUCAUCAUCGGCCUCAUCGCCGGUGUUGGCGUACUGGCCAUGUGCAUUACCGGCUUCUUUGUGGUCCGCUCCCGCUCGCGACGUACCGGAUUUGUCCGCCUCUAGCCACGUACCACAUUGGGCGCAGCAACGGCGCCCAAGCGCCGCAUGGUGUGGUCGACCUGCCGCAGUCGAUCGCCAGCCGAGUCGGCCCGCCGGGCGGCUGUCGAUCGGCGGCCGAUCGUCAACCGUGGCAACGUGUGGCGUCGUACUCUCGUCUCGGCCACCAGCCGGAAAUCAAAAUGUGUUUGUGUUUGCAUUUGUGUUUGCGGUGUGAGCUGGCUGCGGUGUGAGGCUUGCGGCCACCGUCUGCUACAGGACACGGCUUUAUUGUACGCUUGAUAACACUUGUCGCUGCUGGA